AUGGCGUUUUCUCAUAUGCAUCCGGCCCAUGUCAUUAGAGAUCCCUUCCCCCUUGAUUGGCGCCCCGGUAACUUAUCAUACCCACUCCGCUCUAUACACGCCCCUCAUAGCCCAGGUAAUUAUGGUUUUCUUUGCGGUGUCUACUUUUCGAUUUCCUUUUACCUGAUCCACCACGAUCUCUCCGACAAGGCAUUUCUGUUCCUUAUCUACAACUUCCCUCGGCCUUUCCAGAACAUCAACCACCCAAGCGAAUCCAGCAGCGAGGCGACAUAUGCUUUGUCCAAGAAGGUGAGGUGGAUCAUGCACCUCCAGCUUCGACACUCGGUACUUACACCUCUCAGGAUCGAAUCAAACGUCAACCCGGAGAAUCGAGAGGAGAUCUGUUCUGGACCACUUGACAGCGAGAUGGAACAAGGUGCGGGCGUUAUUGAGCCGCUGGCCGAGGGCGAAUGGCAGAGCGGAGAGGACACAGCCACCUCGGAUUAUGACCCAAGCAUAGCCGAGUCGCGAUAUGGCUCUCUUACAUCCAGCGUGAAUGACCACGUCUGGGAAUAUGGAAGGCGGUAUCAUACGUUUCGCGAAGGAAGAUACCCGAUACCCAACGAUGACCUCGAGUACAACCGCGAAUACAUGCGGCAUGCCAUGCUCAAGGAGAUACUGGAAGGAAAACUAUUUAUUGCGCCGAUCGGAACUCGUCCCCAAAAGAUUGCUGAUCUGGGGACCGGAUUUGGCGAUUGGGCCAUCGAGAUGGGAGAGAUUUAUCCUAGCGCCAAAGUAGUAGGCGUUGACUUGUCUCCAAUUCAACCUGUCUGGAUUCCGCCAAAUGUCGAGUUUGUGGUAGACGAUAUCGAAGACGAAUGGGUACAAGACUCGGACUUUGACUUUAUCCAUUUGCGCUGGGUCAGUAUAACGCUCAAAGACAACGAAACGCUAUUCCGGAGAAUAUUUGAGAACCUUAAGCCUGGCGGCUGGGUUGAGUCCGUAGAAGUGAAGCCGCACGUUUUCAGCGAUGAUGACACGGUUAAACCUGAUCACGCGCUGUUAAGAUUUUAUGAUCUUACGCGCGACGUGCUCUCAACCAGAUACGGAUUCCAGGUUGAAAUCGCCCAGCGCAUCUCCGAGUUGAUGCACCGAAUAGGUUUCAUUAACGUGCGGGAAAUCGUCAUGAAGGUACCGGUGGGUGAGUGGCCCAGGGACCAGCAUCAGCGCAUCAUAGGCCGGCUCAUGAAGGAGGUAAGCAUGGAUCUAUGUGUUGCCAUGUCGGCAAGGCCCUUUAUCGAAAACGGAAUGGAGGAGAAGGAGAGAGAGGAACUCCAAAGCAGUGUGAAGGCUGUGUUGAACGACCGGCGCGUCCAUGCGCAAUUGCCGGUAUACUUCAUAGUAGGCCAGAAGCCGCCAUUGAGCGCGCAUCCGAGUACAACGAGUUUCGGCAGUAGUCAGCAGACAUAG